ACUAAAGUAAGAGGGAGUAAAAUCAAGGGGAAAUUGGGAGAGUCAACAUACAGGACGGCACAGCACGAUCCCCUGACGUGUUUGACAGUGCUGGGAAUCAGCUGUCCAGAUGAGAGAGUGGGCAGAACACGAGAUGAGCAUGUCAGCCGGCGGCUACCUCUCUGGAUCUGAUGGCUAUGGCAUCACAGAUCACCUGCAGUACUACGAUGUGCUUGUGGAUCCAGUGGCUUAUCCCCUUCAAGAGCCAGACCUCCAAGGACUUCCCUAUAGCCAACAGCAUUAUAACCCCAUUAAUGUGCAGUUCUCUGUUUAUGGACCGCAGAACUCACAGUCGUGUAAUUUACAGUAUACUUACAGCCCCCUUUGUCCUGAGCUCCCGUGCGAGCCAGACGCAGAGGCUCCGGUCCAGGGGAGAGCAGCUGUGGGAGGGCUGCCCUUAAUGAAGAGGCCACGGCUGGGCCCCGGGGCUCGCAUUCGGGGCCAGGACGAGCUGUGUGUGGUUUGCGGAGAUAAAGCCUCGGGAUAUCAUUACAACGCCCUGACCUGUGAGGGCUGUAAAGGUUUUUUCAGACGGAGCGUGACCAAAAAGGCGGUGUACCGCUGCAAGAGCGGCGGAGGCUGCGAAAUGGACAUGUACAUGCGUAGGAAGUGUCAGGACUGCCGUCUGCGCAAAUGCCGCGCCGUGGGAAUGCUCGCAGAGUGUCUCCUUACAGAGGUUCAGUGUCAAUCAAAAAGGCUGAGGAAAGGAUCCAAGCACAGAGGAGGAGUCGGACUCAGAGCUGUGGAUGAAGACAGUACAGAGAGCGGAAGCGUCUCCUCCACAUGCAGACUGCCCGGCCGGGUAUUGGGUUUGUCCAGGGAACAGAAAUGUGUUUUGAACAGAAUGGUUGAGGCAUAUCGUCGUUAUAGAGCAAAGGAGACUACACAAUGGAGGGUACCUGAAUGGUCAAAUUUAGAAGAUGGUAGACUAAAUGAUCCCCAAUUUGAGAAGCUUUUGCAGUUCUCCAAGAGUAUACCUGGAUUUGAGCUCCUGGACUGCUCCGACCAGAAUAUACUUCUCUCCAGCUCCACUGUUGAAGUUAUGUUUCUGUUGUCAGCACAUCAGUUCUCAGAGAAUCCAUCCAGUUUUACUGCAGCACUGUACCCUCUGAGUGUUAACUUCAGUCAUAAUUGGCUGAGAGCCUUGGAUUCCAAAAAUGGCACCAUCAACGAUGUUCUCGAGAACACAGGAACAGGAGUUAAUGAGGAGCUGCUGAGGCCAGUGCUGAAUUUCUUCCAUAGCAUGGUUGCCAUAGCAGUGACAGAAGCUGAAUAUGCCCUUCUUACUGCAACUGCACUGUUGUGCUCAGACAGGCCUUCACUGCAUGCUGUGAGUUGUGUGGAGCGGCUGCAGGAGUUUGUACUGGAGCUGCUCUCCAGAGUGUGCAGUUCUCAGAGUGCAGCCCAAGGCCCUCAUGAUCCCCGCCGCUUUGCCAGGCUGCUGGGAAGGCUAACAGAGCUCCGAACACUACGCCACAACCAUUUCGUCCUCAUAAAACAACAAACUUGGGAUAUGCAGCCCUAAAAAUAUAUACAUAUAUAUCAAAAUAUAAAGUCUAUUGGCUACAGAAACUUCAUUUCAACGUACAUCGAAAUAUGUUUUGGUUAUACAUUUCAAUGCACUGUACAUUGUGUAAGAACACUGCACUUAAAGUGUGUACUUUGUUAGCUUUAAGGCAAAUCGAGUAUUUCAGUCAGCUUAAUGUCUCCAGCAAAAGUCUGUGAAUAAAGACAUGUUUCUAAUGGCUUGGCUUUAUAGUAUCAAAUAAUGCCUUAAAUGUAUAUUUUGAUAUGCAGGACAUAUUUUGACAGAAGUGUUUGUGUAUAGCUUCCUAUCAAAAUAUAAGAAUUUCUUUGUGAUA